AACUUGACAGACGUCACGUUUUACUAUCCUAACAAAACGCGUUCAUAGCGAAUACAAUUCGUUGUUUUUGUUUUUUCAUUUGAAAAUGUUUAAUUUAUUUAAUAGAACUUUUCAAAAGUGACAAUGAUUUUAUCAAGUAAAUUCAAGUUAAUUGCUUUGAAUAAUUCAAAAAUUAUUCGUUUAAAUAUUCCAACUCAUUUACAAACUGUGCAAUUUAUAUACCAAGUGCGAACUGUAGCAUCUCAACCAGAAAAAUUGGAUAUUAUCAAAAAUCUUCAAAAGAAUCUCGGUUGCUCGAUAGAUGUUGCAACGAAUAUUUAUAGUAAAUUUCCAUCUUUACGAUCUCUCGAUGCAGUUGAAAAUGAUAAGUUGAAACUACUUCGUUUCAAAAACGUGUCUGCAGAGACAAUUGUCGAAAAUCCAUCACUGCUCACUUCCGAAAUCGAUGCAUUGAAGAGAAAAAUCGUGAAAAUAGAUAUGAUGGAACCGAAAGAAUUCAACGAUUUUGCACCAUUAUUGGCGCUAAGCGAAAGUGUGCUGAAUAGACUUUCAAAACUAUUUCAAAAGGAGAAGAUGGAUAUUGAGGAAAAGAAUCGAAUUUAUUAUUUGAGCAAAAGAUUUCGGAUAGAGCCGCAUUACAUUUCAAAAUACAUCGCUGAACCUGGAUACAUGAUAUUUGGUUCGUCAUUUCGAAGUUUUGUGAAGAAAAUAAACAUACUUUUGGACUAUGGCAUGAGCCAAAUGGAAAUAUUGAAUGGCCUGUACGCUCUUUGUUACAGUGAUGGUAUUUUUGUUCGUCGUUGUGAACAGUGUCUUUUGGCUGGAAAGCCCGUAAAAAUAUCAUAUUUUUUACUCCCCGAAACCGAUUUUGAUGAGCGAAUUAAGAAACACACUGUGAAAAAGGAUACCUUGCCAGUUGCAAUGCUACAUCGAUUGGAAAAACAUACAUUGGAAAAGGCUCAAAUUGUGGAAACACUAAAAUCAUUAUUAAACUGCAAUAACUUGGAAUCGUCUGAACUCUACUAUGACUACAUCAGUUCCAUUAAUGAAUUGGCUACCGCCAAAAACAACGCAAAGUAUUUAAUGAACCAUAAAAUCACACCUGAAACUAUUAGGCAAAAUGGAUUUCUGCUUCAAAUGUCGAUUGAUGAUAUCAAGAAAGGAUUAGAAAUUCUGAGAAAAAUGCAACCAAAAAACAUGAAUGAUUUCAUUCCACUCAUGAUUGUUGACAUAUCUGAACUGCAGACAUACAAAUGCAAACUAGAGAGUGAACAGUUUAUUGGAAACAAUCAUCCAAUUUAUUAUUUUAGUGAAAAGUUAAAUAUACCAGCGAGCAAGGUAGCCGAUCGUUUUGGGAAGAGGAGUGAAGUUUUCUUAACGCAUAAAACCGAUAUAUUGAAAUUAAAAUUGGACGUUCUCGUGAAGCACGACGUAGAUCGAGAGAGUAUUUUAAAUUGCAAGCUGACAUUUAUGCGAUAUAGUGCGAAACGAAUUGAAGAGAUAAUAUAUGAGAUUAAACGUAACGGAGUCGAUCAUAUUUUAUCAUAUAUGAUCCAUAACUAUCGUAAUCCAAAAGUUGACAAACUGAAAUCCAAUCGAAUCAUGGAACGGAAUUCUCUAGAAGGAUUUGAGAAUUCAAUGAAAUAUAUCGCGCAUCGACUGAACUGGAAUGAAUCUGAUCAUUUAAAUGUUCUAAAACGCUAUCCAAAAUUAAAAAAUUGUUCUGCGCGCAAGAUAAAAACGCAUUUAGACUAUUUGUUGAAUGAGGCCAAAUUCACAACGGAAGAAAUUAAGAAUACAAUAACCAUUUUGUCAUGCAGUUUAGAUGAAAUCAAAUCACGAUUAAAAGAAAUGAAAGAAAUUGGUGCACCAAUAAAACUACGAGUAAUAGCGCUAAGUAAAAAUAGAUAUUUAAAAUACAUUCAGAAAUGUUCUAGUUGAAGAAUUUUUUAAAAAUUAUUUUUAGCGAUUUCAAACUU